AUCGAUUUCAUUUUGCUCCGAGAGGGGACUGAAGUUGAGCUUAGCUUGGGGAAAACAUGGCGGCUAAUUGCGCGAGGCGAACCCUACAAUUUUCUUCAGCUUCCGCGAAAGCCCUUUUCAACGCAUCGUCGUCUUCACCGUUCGCCUCCAAAGCUUUUAAGCUCAGUGAACUCGCUGGCGCCAAAACCACAUCUACUUCCCGCUUUUUCGCUACUCAGAAGCUCAAGUUCUCAAGGCUUCCUGUGGAGUUGGCCGCUGCACAGUCAUUGAUCCCGCUGCACAGUGCUACUGCUUCUGCCUUGUUCACUUCGCUCCUGUCUUUGCACAAUACCAGCUGGGGCUGCCUAUCAGAAGGUUUUGCAACCCCUCUAUAGCAGGGCUAACAAGCAGCUGUUUCUAGGUACAAGCUAGAUCAUGAAUAGCAGAUUUUGUUUAUUUGCAUGUCUCUGAUUGCUUCAACUUCAGUGUAACGUAAGAAAGAUAGAUGAUUGUUUCAAUAUUUCUCAAGCUUUCGGUCUGUAUUGGUCAUGACCUGACAUUUUUGCCUGUCCCUCAUCAACAAUUAUAAAACAAGAGUCCCGGAAUACCGUGAGAUCUUUGAAAUUUACUUAAUGUUGUUUUGAAGGAA